UGUCAUUAAUACAUGUUCGUAUUAUUUUCCAACGGGAACUACAAUAUAGUUUCCACCUCCUAUACAUAACUUUAAGUAUCAAUCAAUUUCAAAAUUCUCCAUUUCGCAAUAAUAAGGUAUCAUCAACAGCAACAACCCUUCUACUGUUCGUAGUUAGGAAGGAAAUUUCGUUUCAUCAGAAAUGGAAAUCUACAGACCAGAAGACGCGUUUGGUAUGAACCUUCAGACAUUUAAGUUAUUCGGCGUUUGGCCGUCCGCGGUGAAACAUCCAGUGCAAAGAUUAAUUUACAAUGUGUACGGCUAUAGCUUUCAAUUGUUUUACAUUGUUGUAUUGUUACCAACGCAAUUUAUUAAUAUUUAUCUUACUCGUAAUGAUGUACAAAAAAUGGUGGAGAGUUCGUUUUUCACACUGACAUGCGUUGGUUAUGUUGCAAAACUUGUUGUAUUUAUAAUUCGUCGCGAUAAAGUGGAGGGAUUUUUUAAAAGAUUGCAUGAUCCAAUAUUUGCGCCAACACGAAAAGAACAUUUUGAAGUGUUGAAAGAAUAUACGAAAAUUGCUAAAGCAAGUUCCAUGACAUUUAUGGUUUUAUCAAUGAUAACUGUUGCGAGUUGGAUACUUUUCCCUCUAGUUGACAGUAGUCAGAAUAAAGUGUUACUGUUUGCAGCAUGGUAUCCGUUUAAUAUUACGGAAAAUCCAACUUAUGGAUUUAUUUACGCAUCGCAAACUUUAUUAUUAUUGACAACAGCAUCAAUGGAUUCAAUGAUUGAUAUGAUGACGACAAAUUUUUUUGUCAUGUCAGUGGCGCAAUUGGAAAUUUUGAAGCGUGAUUUUAAACAUUUAACGGACAACAUCGUUGAUGUCAAGGAUAAUUUAUCAGAAUCAACUUGUGAAUUUCCCAAUGGAAUCGUAACGCCUGAUAAGAAAUUACCUUCAAACCAUGAGAGUGGGAUUUCCAAUCUGACAUUUUACUUAGUUUCUCCUGGUGAAACGAUACGAGAACGUCACAGUUAUUUGCAAACCACAAAUUCACUGGAGGAUACUACUUUUAGUUGCGAGCAAUAUUACUUGGAGAAAACUUUAAACGAACGUAUUGCCAAAUGCACCCUCCAUUACGAGGCAAUUCUCGAUGCUUGACAGUUGACGAUUCAAUCAAUUCGGAAAGUCGAACACCAUUCAUCAAGACAAAUCCAAUAAUCUAACGCGGCGUGAAAGUAUCAGGAAUCCAAUUUUUUAAAUCGAAUUGAAGCGAGAGAGAGAGAGAGAG